UAAAGUUACAAGGAAAAUGUUUCGUGGUAAUUUACAUGUAAAUUUACGUCGAUUUUACGAGGAAAGAAAAAAUUCGUUGUAAAGUUCUUGUAACUUUACAAGGCUUUUACGACGAAACAUGUUACCAUUAAUUUUUGUGAAAACGUGUUUUAAGCAUGCUUGACCAAACUGAUACCCUCGGUUUAGAGAUUUUGGAAUAACUUGAUUAGCUGCUAUCAAAGUUACACCUCGUGAACGAAUAGUUGCUAGAGAAGAAUCACUUUUGCAAGAAGAAGUGUGUAUCACUGAAGUGGAAGUAUCUGAACAACAAACUGAUGACAUCCUUCUAAUUGAUGUGGAUAACCGUCAAUAUGAAGAUCUUUUCGACGAUAUGACGGAUGAAGAAAGUGAAGAAGAGUUCGAUGCAAGCGAUUGUAAUCAUUGUACUGAUAUUGUUGAAAACUCGAAUGAUUCAGAAUGAUGUAAUAUAUGUUUUAAAUAUUUUUAAAAAAUAUAUAAAUCAGUUUAAGACUUAAUGCAAGUGUAUAUUGUUUGGUUAUAAUAAUUAUUUGUUGGCUUUUAAGGAUUUAAUUGGAGUUUAGAGUUUAAGAGAAAAUAGGAUAAAUGGGAGAAUGGGGGAAUGGGGUAAAAGGGAUAUGAGGUUAUAGGUAAGAGAAUUUGGGGGUUAGGGAUUUGAUUUUCAGGGAUUCAGAUAUAGUCGUAGUAAAUUCGUCGUAAUGGAAAACACGGGCCUGGUAUAUUCCUUGUAAUACACGUGUCCUUGUAAAUUCGUUGUAAUCAUUUCCUUGUAAAUUCGUUGUAAAGAUUUCCUUGUAAAUUCGUUGUAAUGCUCCCUUGCAAAUUCGUUGUAACUCUAAAAACGCGGGCCUGGUAGAUUUGUCGUAAACAUGUGUCCUUGUAAAUUCGUUGUUAUUCUUUCUUUGUAAAUUCGUUGUAAUGCUUUCCUUGUGAAUUCGUUGUAACUUUACAAGGAUUUUUUUCACGAAACAUGUUACCAUUAUUUUUGGUGAAAACGUGUUUAAGUUGUUUUACCAAACUGAUUUUGUUGUAAGCAUUCUCAAGCCAAGCAAGUUAAUUUCAUUUCAUACCCUCGGUUUAUAGAUUACAGAAUAAUUUGAUUAUUUGCUAUGAAGUGGUUGUUUGAUUAUAGUACUUAUAACUUGCGUUUUAAGGAUUCAAUUGGAGUUUAGGGUUUAAGAAAAAAUAUGAUAAAGGGGAUGAUGUGGUAAAAGGGUAUGGUGUAAAUAGAUAAGUGAUUUUGGGGUUUAGGGAUUUAAUUUUCGGGGUUUCAGAUAUAGUCCUAGUAAAUUCGUCGUAAUAGAAAACACACGGGCCUGGUAGAUUCCUCGUAAUACAUGUGUCCUUGUAAAUUCGUUGUAAUGCUUUCCUUGUAAUUUCAUUGUAAAGCUUUCCUUGUAAAGUCGUCGUAAAUUUUUCCUUGUAAAUUCGUCGUAAAUAUUCCUUGUAAAUUCGUUGUAAUUCUAAAAACGCGGACCUGGUAGAUUCCUCGUAACACUAAAAACGCGGGCCUGGUAGAUUCCUCGUAAAAUUACGACGACUUUACGAGGAAUGUUGUUUUCUUAUAUAAACUCGAAACAUGAAUGAGGAAUGCCUCCUUCAUUCAUCUCAAACCACUCCUCUCCUUCUCUCAAAGGUAUGUUGUUUUUAAUAUUAAUUUAGGUUUAGGUGGUUAGUUUAGGUAAUUAGUUUAGGUGAUUAGUUUAGUUAAUUAGAUUAGGUGGUUAGUUUAGGUGGUAAUUUUAGGUAACAAAACUAUAUUCAAAUAUUAGGUUGAGGCAUUUAAACGACUGAUUAGAUAUUUUUUUAAAAAAAUUAAAUAUAUUUUAUUUUCUUAUAAUUUUAUGUAAUUAAUUAUAUUAAUAUGUUUCUUUUUUCAAGGUGGCUCCUAAAAAGAUGGAACUGACGGUAUGAAUAAGCUUCAUCAAUGAAGCCACAAGGACGACUUCAUCCUACUCUUCGAGACGAAACUCAUAGAUAAAGUACGAGACUCUCCAGGAAGAAACACCUCCAACAACUACUUCGACGGCGUUCUCCCUUAGCUUUUUAUUUUUCGAUUUUUUUGUUUUCUAUUAUUAAUUUGAAUAUUAUUUUAUGACAUUUAUAUAUUUUUUUAAAAAAAUAUUUUAAUUUUCAAUAUUUUAUUUUAUAAAUUAUAUAUUUUGAUUUUGAGUAUUUGAUAAUAAUAUAAUAAUAUGACAAUGAGAUGUAAAUUUCUCGUAAAGAUUACGAGGAUUUUACAAGUACUUCCUUGUAAAAUCCUCGUAAUCUUUACAGGAAAUUUACUAGGAAAUACUUGUAAAUUCCUCGUAAAUAUUACAAGGACUUUACAUUAAAAGACUUGUAAAUUCGUCGUAAAUUGUACAAGUACUUAAAGACGACUUUACAAGGAAACUAUACGAGUCUUUUACGAUGAAGCGUAACUACGAAACUACGACGAAAUACUCUCUUUCGCUUUUACAACGAAUUUAUUUCGUCGUAAAUGUUACAUGGAAGUUACGACGAAUCUUGCAUUACGACGGGCGUUUUACAACGAAACACUAUUCCUUGUUAAUUCGUUGUAACCCUUCUAUUACAACGAAUUAACAAGGAAUAUGACCCUUGUAAUAAAUAUGUUUUCUUGUAGUGUAACAAUAAUCUGGAUAAAUCGAUGCUGCCCUCAGCACGCCAUAUAAACCAUCCAUUUGUAGAACCUAAAGACACCGUAGCGCCUUCUCAACGCGGAUCUAUCGCUACCGCUUAUGGCCUGCCGUUUAUUUUAUCAAACUCUAAUUAAUAGUUUUACUUUCCUAUUUUUAUUAGAAACAAUCCAAAUGGUUUUUUUUGGGUAAAAUAUUCCAAAAUGGUUGAUAUUUCCCGGCAAAAGGGUUAACGACCAUAAAAGCUAAUGCAAGCAUUUCUAUAGAUAGAGAACGAUCGUCCUACACACAUCACACCUAUUUGUAUUCUCCUUCGUCCACCAUAUUCUUAUUUACCCAAUAAAACUGAGUUAUUUGAGAAUAAAAAAAAAAAACCAAAAAGACAACAUUUUAAUCAGGGAAUGCUUUUGCGUUUGGUUCAAGGAUUUGUUUGGCAGAAAUGGAGCAGAAGAGCGUGUUGUUCUCAGCGUUAGGGGUCGGUGUUGGUUUAGGACUCGGGCUAGCUUCAGGUCAAGGUUUAGGUAAAUGGGCAAACGGCUCGGUUUCUGCAGAGGAUGGUCUUACAGGAGAAAAGAUUGAGCAAGAGUUGGUGAGGCAGAUUGUUGAUGGAAGAGAGAGUGGUGUCACUUUCGACGAGUUUCCUUAUUUUCUAAGCGAGAAAACUAGGCUUUUAUUGACAAAUGCAGCUUAUGUUCACCUAAAGCAGUUUGAUAUCUCUAAGCACACGCGUAAUCUUGCACCUGCGAGUAAGGCUAUUCUACUGUCUGGACCUGCAGAGUUUUAUCAGCAAAUGCUAGCAAAAGCAUUGGCUCAUUACUUUGAAUCGAAACUAUUACUACUAGAUGUGACAGACUUCUCUAUUAAGAUACAAAGCAAGUACGGAUGCGUCAAGAAGGAACCUUCUCACAAGAGGUCUAUUUCUGAGCUGACGUUGGACAAAAUGUCGAAUCUAGUGGGAUCUUUAUCUAUGCUCACCCAAAGGGAACAACCAAGAGGGACCUUGCGUAGGCUCACUAGUGGCAACGAUCUUACCUCAAGGGGCUUUGAAGGUUCAAGUCAUCCUCCACAACUCAAGCGAAAUGCUUCUGCUGCUUCUGAUAUCAGUAGCAUAUCAUCCCGUUCUGGAACUUCUGUUUCAGCUUCAAGCAAACGCAGUACAAACUUGUGUUUUGAUGAGAGACUAUUCCUUCAGUCACUUUACAAGGUCUUGGUUUCAGUUUCGGAAGCCAGUCCUAUUAUAAUAUACCUAAGGGACGUUGAGAAGCUUCUUCAGUCAGAAAGGUUCUACAAACUGUUCCAGAAGCUCUUGUCUAAGCUCUCUGGACCUGUUUUACUUCUAGGCUCAAGACUAUUAGAGCCUGAAGAUGACUGCCAACAAGUAGGAGAAGGCAUUUCCGCUUUGUUUCCUUACAACAUCGAGAUCAGACCACCAGAGGAUGAGUCUCAACUCAUGAGCUGGAAAACUCGAUUUGAAGACGAUAUGAAGCUGAUACAGUUUCAGGACAACAAGAACCACAUAGCUGAGGUUCUUGCGGCUAAUGAUUUAGAAUGUGAUGACUUAGGUUCGGUAUGCCAUGCAGAUACCAUGUUCCUGAGUAGUCACAUUGAGGAGAUUGUGGUUACUGCAAUCUCUUACCAUCUGAUGAACAACAAAGAACCUGAGUACAAAAACGGAAGGCUUGUAAUAUCUUCCAACAGCUUGUCCCAUGGACUAAGUAUAUUCCAGGAAGGUCAUAGAUGUCAUGAGAACUCCUUGAAGAUGGACAGAAACACUGACUCCAAGGGAGAAGAAAGUGAAGGGAUAAUAAACAGUGAGCUCAAAUCUGAGUCUACUCCUUCAGCACAGAAUGAAUGUCCUCUGCCUCCAAAAGCACCUGUUAAUGAGGUGCCACCUGACAAUGAAUUCGAGAAGCGCAUAAGACCAGAGGUUAUCCCAGCAGAUGAGAUUGGUGUGACGUUUGCUGACAUAGGUUCAUUGGAUGAAACCAAAGAAUCACUUCAAGAACUUGUCAUGCUUCCUCUUCGUAGGCCUGACCUGUUCAAAGGUGGUCUUCUCAAGCCCUGCAGAGGAAUCCUUCUCUUUGGACCACCUGGUACUGGCAAAACCAUGAUGGCGAAAGCCAUAGCAAACGAAGCUGGAGCUAGUUUCAUAAACGUGUCAAUGUCCACAAUCACUUCAAAAUGGUUUGGAGAAGAUGAGAAGAAUGUGAGAGCUUUGUUCACACUUGCAGCUAAAGUGUCUCCGACUAUUAUCUUUGUGGAUGAAGUGGAUAGCAUGCUGGGGCAGAGGACUAGAGCUGGAGAGCAUGAAGCUAUGAGGAAGAUUAAAAACGAGUUCAUGACGCAUUGGGAUGGGCUUAUGUCGAGUUCAGGUGAUAGGAUUCUUGUUCUUGCAGCAACAAACAGGCCGUUUGAUCUAGAUGAAGCCAUCAUUAGGAGGUUUGAAAGAAGAAUCAUGGUUGGUCUUCCAUCGGUGGAGAGCAGGGAGAAGAUCUUGAGAACUUUACUGUCAAAAGAGAAGACAGAGAAUCUUGAUUUCCAUGAGCUUGCGCAGAUGACAGAUGGCUACAGUGGAAGUGAUCUCAAGAACUUUUGCACAACAGCUGCAUAUAGACCAGUGAGGGAGCUGAUAAAGCAUGAGUGCUUGAAAGACCAGGAGAGGAAGAAGAGAGAGGAAGCAGAGAAGAGUAGUAGUGAAGAGGGAACAGAAGCAAAAGAAGAAGAAGUAUCUGAGGAGAGAGUCAUAACGCUGAGAGCUUUGAGCAUGGAAGACAUGAGAGUAGCUAAAAGCCAGGUAGCAGCUAGUUUUGCAGCAGAAGGAGCAGGAAUGAAUGAACUGAAGCAGUGGAAUGAAUUGUAUGGAGAAGGAGGCUCCAGGAAGAAGGAACAGCUCUCUUACUUCCUUUAGUAACAUCUUUAUGAGUCUAAUACUUCAUUAGUAUUACUAUUAUCAUACUAUUAAACAUUAAAAUCCGGAGAUUUUGUAAAUAAAACAUGUACAGUUAAUUAUCUUUUGUAUAUUAUUAAUUUAUAAA